AUGGUGGCGAGAACUCGUUCUGGUCGCGCGAAGGGAGAAGAUGGUAACGCUGGCGCUGCUUUUCGCAUGAGGGAUGACGACGGCAGAGGUUUGGUGUUGGUCGCUGCUACCUUGACACCGCUGCCGCUACUGGUCGUCCCCAUGUUCAAGAGAGGACUUGAUUCCUCGCGAUCGUCAUUGGAGGGGCCGAGGGCAUUGGCGGUGUUGGUUUGA